AUGUGCAUCAAUUUGGGGCGGAUUCGGUGUGAUUUCCUUGUUUUUUCCUGGCUUCUACCUCAGCUCCGUGUACCGAGGACCCCAUACGGCCAUACCCAGCUUAACAAAGCCACUCGAACGGAGGUCCGGGGGAACAGAUCUCACAUCCUCAGUCGUAAUACGGAACUUUCUUUGUCCUACCAUCAUCCACCGACGGCCAACUCGCUAACUUUUGUUUCCUCGGACGAAGUCGCUAGGCCUCAAGUUCAGCCGAUUACGCAUUCCGAUUCCGCAUUGUACACGCCUGCCACUGGGUCAUCGAGGCUCGAGUUUGGAAGUUUACUGCGUCGCCACUCGAACGGAGCGUCCGGGGAACCCGCGCGGAGAUCUCACAUCCUCAGCCGUAAUACGGAGCUUUCUUUGGCCUCUAGUUCAGCCGAUUACGCAUUCCGAUUCCGCAUUGUACACGCCUGCCACUGGGUACCAUCGAGGCUCGAGUUUGGAAGGAUCGCUGCGUUCGGUUCAGCUAUGCACGGAGCUACCAAUGGGAACCCCGUCACGAACUCGACUGUCAACCGAUCCUUGAUAGCUUCACGUCCGUCUUCGUCGACCGUCGACCGAUCCUUGAUAGCGUCACGUCCGUCUUCGUCGACCGUCAACCAAUCCUUGAUAGCGUCACGUCCGUCUUCGUCGACCAAAAACCCCACCAGCCGCUCACCCCCCGAAGUGAUUACGAUCAAUACAGACGAUGAGGAUGAACAUAUAAAGAUAACAAGCGCUCCCAAGGCCAAGCCAAGAACGUCCACAAAACCAACCUGUGGUCUGGAUGUUUCAUCCUGGAAUGUCGGAACGAAGAGUAAGCCUAAUGGGCACGACAAACUCAAGGACUCCAGCUCACGACCGAUCCUUUCUUCAUCCACAAACUGCCUCAACCAUGUAGACCAAACUCAAGAACCAAAAAGCAUUCAGCCACACACUUCAAGCUCAUCGACCAAUCACAGGGACUCAUGUAGUAGCUCUCAGCCGGAUUUUGCUGGGAUCUCUAAAAGCAAGCAACCAAAUUUACAUGCCAGGGAGCUCACGAAGGAACGAUCUCAACACGCAAACCUUAUGAACACUGCUCAUUCAAAGGGAACUCUGAAUUCAUCAAAAAGUAAUUCUCACCCGACUCAUGUCUCAAAGAUCACUGAAGACGCACCACAAUCAACCAAGCAGGGAGAAUCUCAACAUUUAAGCCAAGCAAGAACCACCAAGCAUUCCAAUGGACAGAAUGACGUCAUUAACAAACUGAAUUUUUUCAGCUAUCUUCCUUCCUCAGGAUCCGGCAAUAGCUCGAUGCGCAAAGAACAACCUUCUGGCUCAUCCGCAUCCACAUCGAAUCUCUCAAAAUCUGGCACCAAUAAAUCCAGCAAAAAACAGGACAGUGACACUUCUUGGGCUACAUCAGCGCUCAAGCAAUCCAUGGUACGGCCAGUCCAUGCGCGCCAACAAGAGGAGAACGCUAAACGUAUGGAGCUUAAGCGUUUGCAGUCCCGCGGAUCAGCUAGCGCAGUAGGGACAGAAAGCAACAGGUGUACCCAACCCGGUUCUAGUGUGCUUACAGGCUCUACCACCACACAUUCUAUCAUUAGAUCCUCUGGCUCCAAUGUCACAUCUAGCACCUCAUCCGCGUUGGCAAAAGGCAACAACAACACAUCCAGUAUGUGUGCCUCGAACCAGGGAGACAACACAUUCUCGCAAAAGAUCCUAAAAGCUGCUUCAACUGUUCCUCCCAAUGGUAUCAAUGCCUCUUCUGAAGCUCCUCAUGCCCCAAAGAAAAGAAAGCACAUGAGUCCACCUCAGUCAAAGAAGCUUGAAGAAAGGUUUGUUGAGUUAUCCAAUGCAGAUCCUAUGCAACCUGUUCCCUCCGCUUCCUGCCCACCACCACGCAAAAGCAUCUCGAAUGUUGUUCCUUUGGAGCCCGGCCCUCAGCUCAAACAAAACAGUUCCUUUGGCAGUAACAUUAACAAUCCAACCCACACCAAUGUAAACCCUUGUGUUAUUCACCCUGUUGCAACCUUGCCCCCACCCAAGGUAACACCUAGACCUAGGGUACCCUCUAACCGACGACCAUUACAAGGCCGGGAAAGACCCGAUGAAUUCUCAACCGAACUGCAGAGGGCGUGGAUACUCACUAAUAAUCCCGAUCUUACUACCCCACUUGGUCAUCUCAUUUUUAGCGAAGAGAUCAAUGCUAACCAAAUGUGGGAAAAUCAAGAGAUCCCACACAUUGAUGUUGUUGUGCCUGAUGAGGUGAAAGCACAGAUGCUUCAAGAUUCAAAAGCAGCCGCUUUGGAUGAAGAAGGCAAAUUGACGGGAUUGGAUCAAUCACUGGCACCACCACUUGAAUUUGUAUACACAGACCGGGUGGUCUACCGAAACAACGAGCGACCAAUUCCUCCCACUUGGCAGUGUCAAUGUGAGGGUGACUGUUCUGACGAUCCAAACUGCGAGUGUCGCAUCUAUCAGACAAAAAUGGUCAGACAAACCGCCGAGGCACUUGGUGUCAACCUGAACGAAAGUGUUACAAACUUUGAAGGAUUUGCCUAUGUCUCCAAUCGCAAACCUCGCCAUUCUCACUUCAAGAAACCGGACAAUGGGGAUCUUGAAGCCAGGUCUGUGGCUGGAUUGUUUCUAGAUCAUUCCUUCCCAGUAUUUGAGUGUCACUCCAAAUGUGGGUGUGGCCCCAAUUGCAUCAAUAGGACAGUUGGCAGGGGCCGUCGAGAGAAAUUGUCCAUUCAGAAGACGCUUUCACGUGGUUGGGGUGUUUUUGCUGACCAUCCAAUUCCCACCGGCCGACUUGUCACACAUUACAGUGGCGAGCUGAUUACCGAUGCAAUGUCUGAUGAGCGCAGCCGGAGUAAAUAUGACAAAAUUGGCAGAACUUACCUAUUCGACCUGGAUCCAUGGUGGAUUGAGACCAUUGACUCAAACAGUCUUGCGAAUGAAGGGCUAAUUGUAAUCAGUGAAACCAAGCAGUUCUCAGAAGCUCACAAGAGACUAACAAGUGGUGGUAGCCUUCAGAAUGUCACUGGACCACUUUUCAAUUCUUCAUCAAAAGCCAAGAAGAAACAAAGCAAAUCACAAAAACCAAAGGAGACCGACAUUGAUGGUGUUUAUAGUGUCGAUGCUUUUUUAUAUGGCAAUGUUUCUCGGUUCAUCAAUCAUUCCUGUAGUGCCAACACCGUUAUUGUGCCUGUUUACAUUGAGGAUAGUGACCCUACUCGACCGAUCUUUGCCAUGUUUGCAAAGAAAAACAUCAAAACAGGCACUGAAAUUACGACUUCAUAUUCGGAUCCAAACGAUGAGGAAUACAAGAGAUUGGAGACAGGUCAAAUGAACAAUGAAAACCAUGCUCUAUUUAUGCCAUGCAAAUGUAAUGCACCUAAUUGCAAAGGCAUAAUGUUUGCUUAGAUCAUUUUUUUGAAUUAGGAGAUAGUGUUUAACAAAGCCACCUUUUGGUCUGUUUUCUUCCCUCACCUUACCUUUUCCUUUGUUCCUUUUUGUUCCUUUACACAUGAUUCUAUUUGAUUUGGUUCCUUGAUUUUGUUAUCUCUGGCCACAAGUAUCACAUA